AUGGCAAUCCCAAAAGAUGUUACUGGACAGAGACUUGAUGGUACUGAUUCUGCUGCUACAAAAUCUUCCUUGAAUCCUUGGCUUCGAGUUGACUUGCAAAACGAAUAUUUUGUGUUACGUGUUAGAGCUCUUCUUUAUGAUGAUCUAAGUCAAAAUAUGUCUGUCCAUGUUGGUAACAGCUUAACAAACAAUGGGAACGACAACCACAAUUGUGGAAAGGUUUCGUUUGACAGUCCUUCCUCUAAUGCAAUAUGGCGAGAUGUUAGCUGCAGUCCACCAGUUUGGGGAAGAUACAUUAAUUUACAAAGAAUAGUGACAUAUGACAUUCUUCGUGUAUGUGAGGUGGCUUUCAACUAUGAGUUGGAGAUUGCUAUUCUAGACAAUAAUAUGAACAUUGAAGGAACAAGUGUGGCAGUUGAUGAGAAUCAAGAUUACUCUAAUCCUAUUGAUUGUGGUGUCAGUCCUGAUGUGACCAACUUUAAUGCUCUCUUGCAAUGGAAACACAACACAACCAAUGAUGUACCAUCUUCAAGUGUACAGACUACUGGUGUAUAUCAGAUGUAUGAGAAUGGUGUGCAGCGACUCUACAUCAAAUCAGCUAGUGUCUCUUCCAAUGGUCUGUAUACAUGUCAAUAUACUGCAACUGAUGGCUCUAUAGUGUCAAAGUCAUUUACACUGAACGUCAAUGUAAACUGUGAAUGGAGCUCAUGGUCAGAUUGUACAUUAUCAUGUAGUUUUGGAACUCACACUCGUACACGAGCACAUCUUAAUAAGCAACACAAUGGAAUGGACUGUGUGGAGUUGCCAACUAAGGACUGUGACAGCAAACAACCACCAUGUGCACCAACAGCUGGGCAGUCACCAGAAGUUUCUUUUGAUGAGUCUUCAGUGCAAGAAUUAAGUUGCACAGCUUCACAGUAUUCUGGUCUGAGUGGAGACAUUACAUUUGAAUGGUACAGAGAAGAGAAUGGAGUUGAUUUAGCUAUUGCAUUAGACUCUCGAGUGACAAAUUCAUCUGAAAAUGAUGAAAUGGGAAAUUUUACUGGGAAAUUGAAAUUUGCAUCUGUGAAGCGUUCAGAUAGAAGAUUAAUCAAGUGCAGGGCUUUAACAAAAUUUGUUAUAAGAGUGAUGUACGUGUUGUUAGAUGCUCCCGAAUUUGUUAAAAUUGCAGUGGUUGUGAAAGGACAAAUUUAUGAAUGGAGAGGAGGCAAGAGUGCAACAGGAUCUACUCUGGAAUUAACAUCACUUGAAUUUAAGGAUGAAGGGACAUACACAUGUGUUGCUAGUAACACUAUUGAGGCUGGUGCUAAGUCCACUAAUACUUCAGUACAGUUGAAAAUUGAAGUGAAUGAGUCAUUGUCUGGAGAAUCAUCAAAUUCUGUAAUCUUAAGCUUGGGAGUGGUGAUAGCAGUUGCUAUUACAGUAAUUGUCAUCAUUCUUGUGCUAGUCAUCAUUGUUUUUGUUUUGCUGAGGAGAAAUUACAGGAAUACUGUUAAACAAAGAGGAAAGAAGAUAUCAGAGCCUGUAAAAUGUGAUCAUUCUGCUACUAAUUCUAAAGCAAAUUCUGGAACAGAGGACUGUGUGGAGAGAAGCAAUGAUAUGACAACCAACUGCUCCUAUGCUACUUCAAAUGCAGUCGAAUAUGAAGAGAUUGCAACUGAACGCGUUGCAGUUCAGCAAGACAGGGAAAUUGAGGAAAUCUAUGAAACUAUGGAUGGUGAAUCAACAUUUUAAAAUCAAUUCAAUGUAACAAAAUCUCUUUGAUAAUGAUUUGUGACUUAUAAGGGUUUAGAAUACGUCUGUUACCAGUAGCCAUAGGUUUAGAAUGUAGUGGUUUCAUUUUUGUUUCUAGUUUGACACGACUGGUUUGUUUAUAGCUGGUAGGUAAACUUGAA